UUGUGCCACUUCUCGAUGCUCAAGCAACUACACAGCUUCACCAUGAUGCCACAGGUACCGGCGGCCUCUACAACGGCUACUGAUAUCCCAUCGGGUUCUGCGUCCUUGCUCGAUUCCUCAUCCUCAGCAACCUCCCACUCAACUGUCCAUCUACGACGCGUUUCCCAAGGCUAUGCAAUUUCAAGCGCUCUCAUCAUCAAAACCACGUUCCGUUGGACAGGAAGCAUCCAUCUCGCCGCACUCGACCACUGACAUCGGGCCACAGCCAACGAGCGGUUCGGCGCCUUCGCAGCCUCAAGCAGACGCACACCCGGGGAGAGCUCGUUCAGAUCGUAUCGAUACGUCCCUCCGAACGGCGCGUGCCACCCGAAAUAUCCUUGAGACACGAACUCAAGAUUGGGACCACUGUGCAUGCCGACGUACCGAGCGCGCGUCAGGGACUCUAUGCGGUCCCGUACAGCGUCCUGCCAAGAUGGGUGAUGGAUACCAGCUGCACGGACGCCGGGAUUGUAUGGAGAGUACUGGGCGGGCCGCGCGAGACCGCUUGUGCCUAGUAACAUUUCGACGUUGUGUUCCGAAGCAGUCUUGUAGGUUACUGCCGCUGAAUCGCGCCGGGGACGCUACACGGUCGGCAUAUUCUCGCCGAAACACUGGACACUGGGCCGUUUGUGGACUAUCCUGCAACGUUCCUGCGGAUGCAACCCCGGCAUCUUUGCGGAUUGCUCGACGAAACCCGAGCCGGUAUUCGACUGGGAAGGGAGACCUUGGGUAAACAGCGGUGCUCCUCGUUCUCCUACGCUCACGUAGGAAGCGAGGUAUUCCAGCAGCGUGUCAACGCCCUUGUUACGGAGAGCCCUUCAUCUCCUCAUCCACGUCAGAUGUUGGGUU